AUGAAGAUGAAAGGCCAUCUUCUAGAAACCAGAAUGACCUCUGUGAAUGUGGCAGUGGGACUCAUCUUUGCAUUGCAGAUUUUACUGGGUUUGCUGGGGAACUGCUCUCUGCUUUUCCAUUGCAUCUCCCUACACUUCUCUGAGCUCAGGGUGAGACCCACAGAUGUGAUUCUCAGACACCUGACCGUCGCCAACUCCAUGGUCAUUCUCUCCAAAGGAGUCACACAGACCAUGGCAGCUUUGGGGAUGAGAGAAUUUCUCAAUGAUUUGGGGUGCAAACUUGUCUUCUAUCUUCAAAGAGUGGGCAGGGAGGUUUCCAUGGGCACCACCUGCCUCCUGGGUGUAUGUCAGAUGGUCACCAUCAGCCCCUGGACCUCCAGGUGGGCCCAGCACAAAGACAGGGCUGCCCAGAACAUUGAGAGCUACACGGUCCUGAUCUGGAUACUCAGCAUGUCCCUUUAUCUUAUAGUUGCUAUACAUAUAAGUGGUAAUUCAGAGAAUAAAAAUAUCACAAAGAAAAUUAUUGGAUAUUGUUCUGUAAUAGUUCAACAUGAAAUUGCAGCCUCACUGAGUACAUUACUGCUCUCUAUUCCUGACAUGCUGUCUCUUGGCCUCAUGCUCUGGGCCAGUGGCUCCAUGGUCUCCAUGCUCCACAGGCACAAGCAGCAGGUCCAGCACCUUCACAGAGCUCGUGUCACCCCCAGAGCUGCCCCUGAGACCAGGGCCACCCAGAGAAUCCUGGUGCUGAUCUGCACCUUUGUCACCUGCUACACCCUCUCCUGCACCUGUCACCUCUGCAUUGCUCUGUCAAAGAAUCCCAGCUGGUGGAUGGUGAACCUCUCUGCUCUACUGACUGUAUCUUUCCCCACUGUCAGCCCCUUCCUCCUCAGGAGCCACUGCUCCAGGAUGUGA